AUGUGUUGCCCAAGUCUUUUUCUACUUCUUCUGGGUGGGAGCGGAUUUUUCCCUUCUCACUGUCAUGGCAUACGACCGGUAUGUCACCUUCUGCCAACCACUGCACUAAUGAACAGCAGAGCUUGUGUCCAAAUGGCAACUGGUGCCUGGAUCAGUGGGCUUCUCUACUCUGUGCUACACACUGGGAACACAUUUGCAUUGACCUUCUGUGAAGGCAACAUGGUGGAUCAGUUCUUCUGUGAAAUCCCCCAGCUACUCAAGCUCGCCUGCUCUGACUCAUAUCUGAGUGAAGUUGGGGUUCUUUCCUUUACUGUGUGUUUAGUCUUAGGCUGCUUUGUUUUUAUCAUUCUGUCGUAUGUUCAGAUCUUCAAAUCAGUGCUCAGGAUCCCCUCUGAGCAGCGCCAGCAUAAAGCCUUCUCCACCUGCCUUCCUCACCUCACUGUGCUCUCCUUGUUCGUCUGCACUGCCUCCUUUGCCUACCUGAAACCCAUCUCCAGCUCCCCAUCUGCUCUGAAUCUUGUGGCGGCUGUUCUCUAUUCCGUGUUGCCACCAAUCAUGAAUCCCAUUAUCUACAGCAUGAGGAACAAGGAGAUGAAAGCUGCCAUGAGGAGACUGACUGGGUGUAGGUAA